GUCAGUCACACACACACUCUCAAAGACUUCAUCACUCCCAACCAUCACAAACCCCACUACUCUCUCUCUCUCUCUCUCUCUCUCUCUAGGUUUCACUAAUGGAGGUCGAGAGCAGCACUCCUACACACACACACCCCCCCUUCGAUCUCAACCCUAAACAACCCCCACCCUAUUCUCUCAAACAACUCAACCCAAUGGGAGAUCACCUCCUGUUUUCCACUCUCACCGCCGGCAUUCCGCCACCGUCUCCGGCCACCCCUACUUCUCCCUCCGACGCCGCCGCUAUGAAGCUUCAGAAGGUCUACAGAGGCUACCGCACCCGUCGUCUGUUGGCAGAUUCCGCUGUUGUUGCUGAAGAACUGUGGUGGCAAGCGAUGGAUUUCAUCAGAUUGAAUCAUAGCACGGUCUCCUUUUUUAAUUUUGAGAAACCCGAAUCAGCAGCUUCUCGCUGGAACAGAGUCUCUUUGAAUGCGUCUAAGGUGGGUAAGGGUUUGUCACUAGAUAGCAAAGCUCAUAAGUUGGCAUUUCAACACUGGAUUGAAGCUAUCGAUCCACGGCACCGUUAUGGGCAUAGCUUGCAUAUAUAUUAUGAAGAGUGGUGCAAAGCUGAUGCUGGUCAGCCUUUUUUCUACUGGUUGGAUGUUGGAGAUGGAAAGGAGAUUGAUCUAAAAGAAUGCCCAAGACCAAAGCUUCGACAGCAGUGCAUCAAGUAUCUUGGACCUCAAGAGAGAGAGCAUUAUGAGUAUAUCAUCGUUGAAGGAAAAAUCAUACACCGGCAAACCGGACUCCCCCUUCAUACAAACAAUGGGGAAAAGUGGAUCUUUGUGAUGAGUACCUCUAAGAAGCUCUAUGCUGGAGAGAAAAAGAAAGGAACCUUUCAUCAUUCGAGCUUUCUUGCUGGAGGAGCUACUUUUGCUGCUGGAAGGCUCGAUGUGGAGAACGGAAUACUUAAGAGUAUUUCUCCUUACAGUGGACACUACCGUCCAACCGAAGAGACCCUAAACUCGUUCUUAUCCUUUCUCAAGGAAAAUGGUGUUGAUCUCGACACAGUCAACAUUCAAAAGGCCAAUGAAGAGUCUGAGGCAUAUGGAGACAAGGGUACGACCAAAGCCGAGCUAAAACCAGAAAUUCCUAUCCUUGAAGCCGAAACUAAUGAUCACAAAGAGGCAUUAGUUGACCAGAAGAAUGUGACGACUUACAAAAGGAAUCUCUCGGGCGGUCUACAUAGCCCGAAGUCUGACGUGCCAAAGAAAGCGAUACUGGAGAGGAUCAAUUCAAAGAAGAUGGCUCGUUCGUUUCAAUUGGGACACCAGCUCUCUCUUAAAUGGUCAACAGGGGCCGGACCGCGAAUCGGUUGUAUAGCCGACUACCCGAUCGAACUCAGGUUGCAGGCUUUGGAAUUUACCAACCUCUCUCCAAAGGCUAGACCUUCACCCAGAAACAACAUGAAUGGUUGGCCAUCACCUAAACCUGCUGCUUAAUUUCCUCCUCCAGGACCAAGUUACUUUUGUUGGCUGUAAAUUCUGUAUUUCAUAGUAUGGAGGUGAAGUUAAUUAUCUAGUCUGGACCAUUACUAUUAUUAAUAAUAAUAAUCUAUAUAUAAUGAAUAAAAAACAUAUUAUGAUAUGCAAUGCUCGUUUUGUUUUUA